GCCUGUGGCCGACAACACGGGUCAGUACCGGCCGUGGCUGCCGGGUACAGUACUGUAUUGGGAAUAAAAUAGAUAACACUCUGCGGCGAGGCGGUGUUGCAGGUCAGAACUGUCCGCCGGCUUCGUCAGCACCAGACGCACAAAGCAAUGGAUUUAAAUCUAACGACGCAGCGGUGUAACAAAGAACAAAAUCAGUGUCGCAUACAAAAGAGCGAUCCUGUUUGAAUUUUUAAAGGACUAUUUAACUAUUAAUAAGCUUCGUCGGCUUCGCUUUGAUCGUUGACUGCUUUAAAACAGGAAUUGCUAAACAAAAAUGAGUGAAGAGAAUAGUGUUUCUUCACCAGUUGAAGAAUAUGAAGAUGACUUUGAGAAAGAUCUUGAUUGGCUAAUCAAUGAAGAAACAAAAAAUAGUGAUGAAGAUCCAGAGGAUUAUGGAGAAGAUGAAAACAUUGAAGCCAAAAUUGAUAAAGAACUAGAUGAUAAUGAGGAAGAAGAAGCAAAGGAAAGCAUAGAUGAUGAAAAACAUUCUGGGAAUGAAAUAGAACAAUCAUGUGAAUUGAAUGAAGAUUUGCAUAAUGAUAUGGAAAAGGCUAAUGAAGGGGAAAAUGUUACCACCAUUACUUUUGCUCCCAUAUCAGAGGCAGUCAGUGAAAGCUCAUUCCAAGAAUUAAAGCAGGAGGAACAGCAAGACAAGGAACAGAAUGAGGAGGUAAAGCGCUACAUAAUGGAAAAGAUUGAACAGGCCAACAAGGAAUUGAAGGAUGAAGAUCCUGUGGAUCAAAAUCGAGAGCGCAGAUUGAAGUUCAAAGACAAUUUAGUUGACUUGGUGGUCCCACCUGCAGAGUUUGCUGAAAUAGAAAGAGACAAUGAAGAGAUCACAGGUCCAAAGUCUAUAAAUCCUAUUGCAAAUGAUGUUAAAAACGACAAUGACACAGAGGUCAUAGAUCAUUUGUCUGUAAAGUAUAUUGCAAAUGAUGUUCAAAAAGAUGAUGAUGAAGAGGUCAUAGGUCAGAUGUCUGUAAAGUAUAUUGCAAAUGAUGUUCAAAAAGACAAUGAAGAAGAGGUAAUAGAUAAGAUGUCUCAAAUGUACAUUUCAAAUGAUGCUCAAAAAGAUAAUAAUGAAGAGGUCAUAGAUAAGAUGUCUGAAAUGCACAUCCCAAAUGAUGUUCAUAAAGAUGAUACAGGCAAACAGUGGGAUGAGGAUAAAAACAAGGACAAAGAAGUGUUGAUGGAAAAAGAUGGAAAAUUUGAACUACUGAGUUUACAGGAUUUUGAAAGUCAAGGUUCUCUACCUCAGAUUUGUGUUGCAUUCAGUGAAAAUGCAUGGGAACAAUUGGAAAAUUCUAAAGGAGAAAACUUCUCAAGCAUCCGGAGCAGUUUAUCUCCCUCUCCAACAGAAAUACUUAAUACACCAAAACCAACAGAUGAACGAAAAGAUAAAGUAACUUCUUCAUCCAAUGCACAGAAGAAUAGAACUAAAAAAACAUCAUCUCGAAGAGUGCAAUCUGCAACAGUUUUCUCGAAACCAUCUGCUGAUGUUAUUACCCCAGAACGUAAAGAGCUUAACUGGAGAACUGAACAAAAGAAGAUGCAGUCAAAGACAGAGGGCCGAAAAAUUGAUGAAGAGGAGCGGAAGAAAGAGGAGAACAAGAUAGCUUUUGCGAUCUGGCUUCAAAAGAAGAAACAACAGCACCAAAAAGAAAAGAGAAUUCAAUGUGCAAAGGAAAUAGAAAAAAAGAAUAGUAAGAAUCAAGAAGAACAAUUAUCAUUCAUUGCAGAAUGGUAUGAUCCCAAUGCAAGUCUAAUUCGCCGUUAUACGUUCCUGUAUUAUCCAAAAGAUGGAUCUAUUGAAAUGUUUGACAUUAAAAACCAUCGUACCUUUCUGAAACGAACUAAAUAUGAUGAAUUACGAUCAGAAGACUUGUUUGUUGGCAGUAUGAUUACUGUAUACGCUCGUCAGCUGCGAUUGGUGGACUAUGGGGACCAAUAUACAGCACGCAGACUGGGAAGUAAGAAGCAGAAGACCCUGGGUGUAAUAAAGCCAAGUACUGAUGCUAAACUAGGAAAACUGAUUGACCUGAUCUACAGUUCAGGAUUGGUAAUAACCAGAGCAAAAAUGAUUAACUUAACUGCGGAUCUCCUUCAGUAUUUAAGCUGUGGUCCUGCAGUUGCACUGGAAAUUUUGGGAGAUGAGGCAGUAUCUGCUUGGAAGAAGUUAAUUGAGUCUGGAGGUACAAACAGAGCACAAAGUGAAGCUAAUUUCCGGGCACUUUACAGAAAUGCUGAUAUCCAGAGUAAUGCUUAUGGCUCUGAAUGUGCCACAACUGCAGCUCGAGAAUUAGACAUUUUCUUCCCAUCAGUUGGCAGAGGACCAUUAAAUACAGCAAAAUGUAUUGAUUGCACUCUGUGUAUUAUCAAGCCACAUGCUAUUGCGGAAGGUCUGGCUGGAAAGAUUUUGAGUACCAUUGAAGAGAUGGGAUUUAAUUACAGUGCACUUCAAAUGUUCAAUAUGGAACGAGCCAAUGCAGAGGAGUUCUUAGAAGUAUACAAAGGAGUUGUUUCUGAAUACAACAGUAUGGUAAUGGAACUAUGUUCAGGACCUUGCCUUGCCUUGGAAUUGCAGGGGAAGGAGAUUCAGAAGUCAUUUAGAGAAUGCUGUGGACCGUUGGACCCUGAAAUAGCUCGUCACCUACGGCCUCGCAGCUUACGUGCUCUGUAUGGAAAAACUAAAGUUCAAAAUGCAGUACAUUGUACAGACCUUCCUGAAGAUGGAGUUCUGGAGGUCCAGUAUUUUUUCAAGAUUUUGGACAAAUGACAAGUCUUAAGUAUUAACAUCCAGAAAAGUUCACAACAAUGGGUUCUUAAAUUUUAUUUUUCUGAUGCUUUAAAUCAGGUGUGGAGCACUAUUCUCCAAACAAGUUUACAGAUGUUACAUUGCACUUGCAUUUUAACAUGAACGUCCUACUGCAUUGGUUUACUUCAAAUAAAGGUGAUUUUACCAGUGACUUUGGUAUCUUUUAUACAUUACACUUUGCAGAAAAAUUGUACAACUGCAUAAAUAUAAAAUCUUUCACCAUAACUGGUUAAAGCAUUCAAAGACAAUGACGUGAUGGCUCCAGAAAGUAGCUUGACAACCAGACCAAGAUCUCAACAUAAUUCUGUUUCAGCUUCCGAUCUAAGUGUAAUAAAACCCACCCUGCACUAAUGUUGCCAAAAGAAAAAAAAAAGCAUGUUCUCCUAACCACCCACCCUCCUGACAAAAAAAAGAGUGCAGUAUGUU